AUGAACCGACAAACUAACAUUAUUGACGACGAUGAAGUCGCCCGAGCGAUGGCCGCAGCCUUGCAGGCUAAGGGAAAGCGUAAGAACAAGGUAACUGGAGUUAGGCCGAACAAGAUCAGCAAUGUGCCCGCAGCGAGCAAGGUAACAGGAGGCGAUGCGUCUACUCCAAUCAGACCGAACAAGACCACCACCGUACCUGUAGCGAAGAAGGAAACAAGGACGCCUAUUACUGCUACUACAAACAAAAAUCCGAGAAGCCGAUUUUACGAGGCAGAUGGGCUAAAGAUACCAUUGAAUGACCAAGAUGGCCUAGGAGAUAAGAAGAAACAACACGCUCGGUUGGCACAGUCUCUCCUGCAGAAUGACUUGGAAGAACUACUCGAUAUCGUAGAGCAGUAUGCAGGCACUCAGAAGCGAAUAGAAUUCUGCAUGCUUGAACUCUCAAAGGUCGAGGUAGCAAACUGGAUCGAAGAAAAGGAAACUCUUGCUCUUGGGCGCCACCCCAAAUUAACAUUACCAAAUAUGAAUACCGCACAUGGCACAAUCCAUGCAAAGAAAACGUUCGCUCCUUCACGUACCCCUGCAGCUCCGACACUGAGCAAUGGAACAGCAACUCCCUCUGUUCCUUACGCUAAGGAAAACAUGCCACAUACAACUGUACGAAAGGAUACACGUGAGCAGCCCGAUAGUCGGAAAAGACGAAUCCACGAAGAUGAGCCAAGCAGCCAACCGCCACGGAAGCUUCAGAAGCUGGAUACUCCGGAAGAACCAGUAGCUAGAGCUGAUGAACAUCAAGCCGAUGCCAUUCAACAGGGCAACCCAAGCCCUCAGCCAGUAUCACCAUUGCCUCAAAUGAGCGAGAAAAUCAACACGCACAAGGUCGCCAGAGAUCGCGGAGUGCGGCAGAUGCAGUUCAUGAUCGAUACUGGGAUGGAUGCUUCCAACCUCGAUCUAUCCACCACGGUCGUUCACGACAAGAAGAACGAUAGAGUUAUUACCGCCACAACUAAUCCUCGUACUGGCGCGACCCAGUUCUUUGACACAACAGUACCCCGAAACAUAAGCAUUCCACCAAUGCUUCACGCUCCAUUUCUAAAACAAGGAAAACACGGCCGCCAUGGCGACUUCGUAUACGACCCUGACCGUACCACAGGUCGCGGCCAUCAAAUUACUCCGCACGAUAAUCGUAGAUGGAAUGAGUUCAUAGUGUUCAAUGGAAUGUGGCAUCAUCGUAAGCCACAUUCUGUAAUUGGAGGGGAGGCCAUGUCGGCCGAGCGUGAGAUCAAGGAGACAUGGGAGAAGUGGCAGAUUUGGUGGGGUGAAUUUGUUGAAAAGUACCCGGGGUAUGCGGUUGCGCACUUAUGGCCGUGUGGAUGCGAGAAGGUCAUGGAGGGGGACGAGAGCGAAGAAGAGUAG